AACCCGGGACUGCACUGGCCCUGAGAUUCUGUGCAAGCCUCACCAAGAUGAAGCCGCCAGGCCAGGAUGAGUUUGAAACCCCCAGUGCCCCUGCAAACGUUCCUGCAGGGGAGCUGAACAGCAGCCCUUGCCCAGACCCCAGCCCUGGUGGCCCCUCAGACACAGACAGCAAGGAACUACGGGUUCCCAGGGACCCUCUGCUCUUCAUUCAGCUGAAUGAACUGUUGAGCUGGCCCCACGCUGUGGAGUGGAGGGAAACAGGCAGGUGGGUUCUGUUUGAAGAGAAGCUGGAGGUAGGUGCAAACCGGUGGAGCAUCCCCCAUGUGCCCACCUUGGCGCUGCCCAGCCUUCAGAAGCUCCGCAGCCUCUUGGCUGAGGGCCUCGUACUGCUAGACUGUCCAGCUCAGAACCUCCUGGAGCUCGUGGAGCAGGUGACCAGGGUGGAGUUGCUGAGCCCAGAGCUGAGACAGCAGCUGCAGGCCUUGCUGCUGCAGAGACCCCAGCACCACAUCCGGACCAUAGGCACCAGGCCUUGCUGGGGAUCUUCCCAUUCAAGAGAGACUUCUCAUGAUGAGGAAGACCCCUUGAAGGAACAGCAUCAGAAUCCCCUGAGAGAGAAGCUGCCUCCUGAGGCUGAGGCAGGGGUUGUACUAGCAGGAGAGCUGGGCUUCCUGGCACAGCCACUGGGGGCCUUUGUGCGGCUGCGGGAUCCAGUAGUGCUGGGACCCCUUACUGAGGUACCCCUCCCUAGCAGGUUUUUCUGCCUCCUGCUCGGCCCUCCCAUGCCGGGAACAGGCUACCAUGAGAUGGGCCGUGCAGUUGCUGUCCUCCUCAGUGACCCGCAAUUCCAGUGGUCAGUUCGUCGGGUCAGAAACCUUCAUGAUCUUCUGACAGCCCUGGAUACCUUCCUACAGGAGGUGACGGUGCUCCCCCCAGGUCGGUGGGACCCGACGGCCCGGAUUCCCCCGCCUAAAUGUCUGCCUUCUCAGCACAAAAGGCCCCUCUCACAACUGCAGGAGGCCAAGGGGCCCCCGGACCCACAUGGGCCCCCGGCUGAGAACAGACAUAGCUAUGGGCCAUACUCACCCAGUCUGGAGUUGCAGAGGACAGGCAGGCUGUUUGGGGGCCUUGUCCAGGACGUGCACCGGAAGGCCUCUUGGUACCCCAGUGACUUCUUGGAUGCUCUGCACCCCCAGUGCUUCUCGGCCGUGCUCUAUAUCUACCUAGCUACCAUCACUAAUGCUAUCACUUUUGGAGGGCUGCUGGGAGAUGCCACUGAAGGUGCCCAGGGGCUGCUGGAAAGUUUCCUGGGCACAGCAGUGGCUGGAGCUGCCUUCUGCCUGAUGGCAGGCCAGCCCCUCACCAUCCUCAGCAGCACCGGACCAGUGCUGGUCUUUGAGCGUCUGCUUUUCUCCUUCUGCAGAGAUCACAACCUGGACUACCUGCCCUUCCGCCUGUGGGUGGGUAUCUGGGUGGCCACCUUUUGCUUGGUGCUUGUGGCCACAGAGGCCAGCGUGUUGGUGCGCUAUUUCACCCGCUUCACCGAAGAAGGCUUUUGCGCCCUCAUCAGCCUCAUCUUCAUCUACGAUGCCAUGGGCAAAAUGCUGAGCUUGGCCCAUGCCUAUCCCAUCCAGAGGCCUGCCUCUGCCCUGGCAAGGACCCCCGCCUACGGCUGCCUCUGCCAGUUCCCAGGCCUAGGAGGAAAUGAGUCUCAAAGGACAAGGAUGAGGCCAAAAGAUAUGGAUGACAUCUUAAGCAUGGACCUAGGCCUGAUCAAUGCAUCCUUGCUGCCCCCACCUGAAUGUGUCCAGCGGGGGGGCUACCCUCGUGGCCCCGGCUGUCAUACGGUCCCAGACAUCGCCUUCUUUUCCCUCCUCCUCUUCCUUACCUCUUUCCUCUUUGCCACGGCCCUAAAGCAUGUCAAGACCAGCCGCUUCUUCCCCUCUGUGGUGCGCAAGGCUCUCGGCGACUUCUCCUCAGUUCUGGCUAUCCUGCUGGGCUGUGGCCUUGAUGCCUUCCUGGGCCUAGCCACGCCAAAGCUUGUGGUGCCUAGAGAGUUCAAGCCCACGCUCACUGGGCGUGGUUGGCUAGUGUCACCUUUUGGAGCCAACCCCUGGUGGCUGAGUAUGGCAGCGGCCCUGCCUGCCUUGUUCCUGUCUAUUCUCAUCUUCAUGGACCAGCAAAUCACGGCAGUCAUCCUCAACCGUGCUGAAUAUAGACUGCAGAAGGGAGCUGGCUUCCACCUGGACCUCUUCUGUGUGGCUGUGCUGAUGCUGCUCACGUCGGCGCUUGGGCUACCCUGGUAUGUCUCAGCCACUGUCAUCUCUCUGGCCCACAUGGACAGUCUUCGGAAAGAGAGCAGAGCCUGUGCCCCUGGGGAGCCUCCUCGCUUCCUGGGCAUCAGGGAGCAGAGGCUCACGGGCCUGGUAGUGUUCAUCCUCACGGGAGUCUCCAUCUUCCUGGCACCUGUGCUCAAGUUCAUCCCGAUGCCCGUGCUCUAUGGCAUCUUCCUAUACAUGGGGGUAGCAGCACUUAACAGCAUCCAGUUCACAAAGAGGGUGCAGCUAUUGUUGAUGCCAGCAAAACACCAGCCAGACCUGCUGCUCUUGCGGCAUGUGCCUCUGAACAGGGUCCACCUCUUCACAACCAUACAGCUUGCCUGCCUGGGUCUACUUUGGACAAUCAAGUCUACCCCUGCAGCCAUCAUCUUCCCCCUUAUGGUGUCUAAGCUGCUGAGCCUGGUGGGGGUGCGGAAGGCACUGGAGUGGGUCUUCUCACAGCAGGAACUCCUCUGGCUGGAUGAACUGAUGGCAGAGGAGGGGAAGAGCAUCCCUGAGAAGAGGCUAGAUCCAGAGCACUCAUUCAGUGGAAGUGACAAUGAGGAUUCAGAGCUGAUGUAUCAGCCAAAGGCUCCAGAAAUCAACAUCUCUGUGAAUUAGCUGGAGUAGGAGUCUGGGGGUGGAGACCCCAGGAAGCUGAGCAUGAGGUGUUUAUCUAGGAAGUCAGGACAAUAUUGGCUUUUGGACUAACUGCUGGAUAUUCAGUCUGCUGGGGGACCUGGAAUAAUGGGACAGGACUGGGGAGCAGCUGGUCAAGACCUCAGUCACCCUCCUGAGUGGGAGUGGAGAGUGGCAGGGAACAAGCAGGUUUGCUGUGUGGUAGGAACAGCUGGUGAGCCAGAGGGACUGAAGAGGCCUCAUUCAUAGCCUCCUUAUUAUAAGGGCCUUCCCAUUUUGUGCUCUCUCUCUUCACAAACUAUCUUUUACAGAAUCUGGGGGUCGUCAGGGAAUUCUUUUCUACUUGCAAAAAGAAUAACUAUUUGAAACAUUUUUUACACAUGUAAAAAUAAUCUUUAUUUUUUUUUUCUGACCACAAAAGUAAAUGUGAUUAUUGCAAAAUAUAAAUGCUACAGAAACGUAUAAUUUUGAAAUGGAAACCAUCCCAGAGAUAACCAGUAUUCACAUUUUAGUGUAUAACAUUCAGAUUUAUGUCAAUGAACACAUUAAUAUUUUGAUUAAAAUGGCAUUACACUGUAGAGUUCUGUAACAUGCUUAUCACUUAAUAUUCAAUGGACAUUUUCCCCAUGUCAGUACAUACAUAUCUACCUCAUUCUUUUUGUCAUAUGCAUAGAAUAAAUAGCCUUUUAAAUUGAAAACCAUAUCAUCUAUACAAAAGAGGAUAUGACGUAUCUUCUGCAAGUGCAAGAAUUUCUCCAGGUUAUAUGCUUAGGAGUAGAAUUUUUAAAUACAAAUAGAAAGAACACCUGUGUAUCCAACACUCAGGUUGAGAAAUAGAAUAUGUCCAAUACCUUGGAAACUCCUCCGUAUGCACCUUCCUGAUUGUAUCUCCCCUCCAGGCACCCACUACACUCAAUUUUAUGGAAAUUAUCCUCUGCCUCUCUUUAUGGUUUUAACACCUGUAUGUAUCCUUCCACAUUAUUUUGCCUAUUUUUGAAUGUUAUACAAAUGGAAUUAUAGUGUAUGAAUUUCUCUGACUGCUUCUUCCACUUAACAUUGUUUUGAGAAUCAAUCAUGUUGAUGCAUGUAGCUGCAGUUUGUUCAUUUUCAUUGCUGUGUACGAUUCUACCACAAUUCAACGAUCCAUUUUUCUAUUCAUUAACAACUUCACUUGUGAAGCCACAUGGACUUGGUGUUUGCUUGUGGAAAGUUUAAGUUAAUUCAAAUUCUUUAAUGAUUAUAGGAUUUUCAGGUUCUUUAUUUCUUCAGUCAGUUUCGGUGAAUUGUAUUUUUCUAGGACUCUUUCCAUUGCAUCCAAGUUAUCAUAUUUAUUGGCAUAUUUUAUAAUCCUUACCUAUGUAAUCUCUGUAGCAUAUUUAGCAAUGGUCCCCUUAUCAUUUCUAAUAUAUUCAUGCAUGCUCCUUUUGUUCUUAGUUAUUCUUGCCAGAAGUUUGUCU